AUGGCGACCCAGGAUCAAAACAGUCUCGAGAGCGAGCAAGACAUAUUGUUAUUGCAUGAAAAAAUCUUGCAGGAAAACAACCGCUUCUCUCUAACCCAGCUUUCCCAAAAAGUAAACGAUGCUCAGAAUGACCAGCUUCGCUCUCGACACACGUCAAACACAAAGAUUCAGCGAAUGAAGCCUUCAUCGACUGCUCCUGCUGUGUCGACACUAUCGACCAUGGACUCGCCAGACCCACAACAUGUCGCGCCGCCGCUAGUCAUGCAUACCACCUUUCACGGCUUCCCUGUGACGAGCGAUCUCGAUGGCGAUACGCAGCCAAUGCCUUCGCAGUUCUACAAAAACUUCAACAGCGGCCUCGGAGCGGAAGAAGAUACCCAGUUCGACGACCAGACAGCGCCGGACACGGAGCAAGAGACACCGCAGAUCGACUUGAUGCAACACUGGCAACAAACCACCUACCACGAGCUCUCUAGCGACGAUGAGGAAGAGAAAGACGAAGGUCAAUACUUCCUCAGCUCUGUCGCGAGGCCCACGUUCCCGAAAACGCCUGCUACAGCUGGUCGCAAACGCAACCAUCGCGGAGAUGUUAUUCCUUCCACCACGAGCACAAAGACGCCGGGCUCUGGUGGCAUGUCGGCUUUCGCUUUCGGCAAUGCCGCACCUUUGACUGGCACUCAAUUGUUUCAGGCCACACAAGCACCUUCGAGUCCUGUCCCCGACGUUCCAAGAAGUGAUCCCGUGCUGAGCCGACCAAGCCCCAACAUCAGACAGAGCUCGCCUGGACAGAAUCUGGCCUUCUCGUCACCACUGAAGGGUCUGGCCCCUAGUCCAAGUCGGUCAGCCAAUAUGCUAGGCAGACUGAGCAGGCCAGGAACAAGAGACGGUCUUCUACAGAAUAUUGUUGGUACUGUUAAUGGUGUAGAAGAGCGAGGUGAGAAUGAAUGGGAAUAUCACGACCGUGAAGGAGUCAGCCUCGAGGAUCAAGACGCGUCACACAGCCCGACAGGCGAUUCGAUGGAUGAGUAUGACGAGUUUGCUCAGUCGAUAAGAUUCAGUCAGCGACAGGUCUCGUCCUCGCCACAACCUGAUGUGUCCGAUGAAGAGGACGAUCAUGCCGAGUCUUCGAGCCGUACUUCGACGCAUUCAGCUCAGGAGGACGAAGAUGUUGACAUGAUACAUGCUUCGGGUCCUUCGGCUCCCUCUGGUCGGCAAGAAAGUUCACACCAGUUGCCCACCACACAGAUGCUAGGCCAAGUCGCCGAGACCAAUGAUUACGCUGUCGCAGAUUCUCAGCCCACCAGACAAGAGGAGACCCAACGUCCACCACCCUUGGUCGAGCCGUCUUCCAUGUCAUCGAUCGUCCCUGGCUCGUAUCCUCUGAGCCAAACAACCCAGCGCUUGAACGUGUUGAAGCGUGAUGCUGCAGACUCGUCAUCCAUCCCAAAACCACCACCGACUACAAGCCAAAUCGCACCCCAGACGCAGAACCGUCUCCCGAGUAGUCCUCCUCAGCUUCCUGCUGUCUCCAGAGGCUUGGAUGAGCCAGAGCCGCUGAAGCUCAACGGUCAGGCAGGAACAAAUGAGGAUCGCGCAGGUGCAUCUUCGCCUCUGCCAGAGACACAGCUUGCACCAUCUCAGAGAGCGAAAGAGGUGAAGGGAGACAGUCAUCAGCAGAGCUCUAAUGUCCCAGACACUGAUCCAGUGGACAACAACCGCUCGUCAAACAAUCGCACAAAUGCCAAUGCUUAUGACCCUUUGCCCGAUGUUACACCCGCACAACAGCAGGUGCCGAAGCCCGCCUCGAGCACUGGCGUUUCUUCUAUCUCGCAAUUUGACAAGCAUCGCGCAAGCCAAUUGCAGACUCAAAGCCAAGUCCAAAGCUCGAUUUUGAGUGCUGAAAGUCCGCGCAAGGCUGCCGGUAUUCUCAACUUUGCGGACAUCGCACAGGACCCCACACCUCCCAAUGCUGCGGGCAAGGACUUGGAUUUGGACAUUGAUAUACUAUCAGGCGACGAUCACGAUUUCAUGGAUGCCAUGUCCUCCCCGCCUGCGAAGAAGAUGCGCCUGUAUGGCAAGAAGGGCCGACAGUUGGAGAGAACUAAAUCCAAGGCAGAUGUCAAGAGUCCGGUGAAGCCGAUCGUCUCAGCACUAACGAGCCCAGUGAAGGCGGCGGCUAGGAUGGUCACCUUCCAUGAAGAGGUCAACCAAGGUGAAGAGGAGGAGAAGAUACCUGAGACAUCGAACAAUAAUGUGGAUGCUCCUCCACAACCCGCCCCGGCAGUUUUACAACAUUCGGAGACAGCGAGCACCAUUGACCCAACAUCACAACAACACAAGCCGACCGAUGCAUCACAAGAGAAUCCAUCCGAGGCAGUCCACGACCCAUCGCCCGGCAUUACCGAGCCUGUUGCAACAGAGCUGGUAGACAGAUCCGCAGACGCACAGCAGGUGAGAGAAACUGACUCGCGAGACGACGAAUCGCAUUCGCAUCAGCCUACUCCGACCAGUAACGAGCAUCAAAAGCCCCUGUCGCCCUCCCACGAAAGGGAACAAGCUGGAGCUUCUGCGCUAUCCAGAGCCCGCGAAAAUGUGCUCGCUCGAAAGUUGGUCGACCCAAGGACCCCCACCGGCAAGAAUAGUCCGGGGAGACUGGUGCGACCAAAACGUAGAACUUCCGAUCAGAGUCCGCUCCGUACACCUAUAUCCAGAAGACAGGAGGCUGCGAGUGGACCUAGAUCAAAGUUAUCGCAUGUCCGGCGUAUUUCGCAAAGUGAGGCUCCUCGUUCCGCAACUGCGCAAGCUGAGUCUGAUGCCCAAGUAAUUCCGACUCGGGAGGAAGCGAUCACCACGCCCAUGCAAACAGAUAUCGCUGCUGACUUGAUCAUCACGGACGCCACCUCGGAGCAUAACGAAGCACAGGAUGAGAGUACAGAUUCGAAGACGGAAGUCACGCAGCCCGACCGAGUACUAGCUCUCUUCAAGGGCACUGGACAAGCUUACUAUCCAGCUACAUGCCUCGGAGCCGCUACUCUUGAUGGGCUCAAACUUCGCAUACGCUUCGACGACGGCACUAUCACUCAGCUGGACUCCUUCCUCGUGCGACGACUUGAUUUGAGACGUGGUGAUCAAGUCAAGGUCGAUCUCCAAGGUAUGCGUAACAAGGUCUACGUUGUUGUUGGCUUCCAGGAUAGAAUUAAGGAUAUUGAUCCUGAGUCGUACCCCAAGACCGAUGUGCACAGCUUUGAGACAUUGCAGUUGGUGCCAAAGGAUCGCGACAGUGUUGCAGAAGUGCCUCGGGCGGAAACUGCAGCAAUACUCAGAGUACCCGUGACAAGCGCCUAUCUCACACAGACUAUGUGGGUCCGUUUCGAAGGUCGAGACUAUCUGCCAUCUACGGCGAGCAUGACCACCAUUGCGACUGGAAACUCAUCUCGUCCGCAGACGCCUGUACCUCAAAACACUGCUCUUGCAACUCCGGCCUCAAGAACCAGAAGAGGUACCGUGAUUUCGGUCCAUACUUCGACCAACACCUCUAUAGGGUCCUUGGCACGACCAGACUUCGCUCCACCACUGCCAUCUGGUCGUGGCAUUUUCUCCGGCAUGGCCUUUGCAGUGUCAUACAGCGCAGACUCGCCAGAGAAGAAACGCGUCCUACAGCUCAUACAGUCACAAGGUGGUCUGACGCUUGAUAAAGGCUUUGAUGAGCUCUUCUCUGUUCGCGAUCUCAGCGAUGAUCCUGAAGAUACAGAGACUCCUACAUCGUCCGCGACUGAUGAAGCCGACGCUUUGAUCUUGUCCUCUCGUGCUCAGACUCUUGGGUUUGUGGCGCUCAUCGCAGACAAGCAUUCCCGCAGAGCCAAGUACGUUCAAGCGCUCGCUCUUUCCUUGCCGUGUCUUUCAGGUCGCUGGAUCCUCGAUUCGGUUACCUCAGCCGCACCACUACCAUGGAGCAAAUACCUUCUCCCAGCAGGUGAAUCAGUAUUCCUCUCCGGCGCUGUGCGAAGUCGUACCCUCGAUCCAUAUCUCCCUAAUACAGUCAAGCUAGCACAAACAGUACAAGAUCGAGAAAGAUUACUCCAGGGUGGUAGAGUACUUCUCGUCAGUGCAGGAGCAGGAGGCAGGAAAUGGGAAGCCAGACGCGCUUAUGCCUUCCUUACCAUCGCACUCGGAGCUAGUGUUGUCCGCAGGGUUUCUGGCCUUGACUCUGCUAAACGCAUCCUAGACGCUGAAGAGGGAUGGGGCUGGGUAUAUGUGGAAGGCACUAUCGAAGAAGCUGAGAACGUGCUCUUCAAAAACGGCAGUGUCGAGGACGUAGGCACGGGCAAAAAGAGCAAGAAGAGAAAGAGAGAAGAUGACGGUAGAGAGAAGAUGGUUGCUAUUGGCCGUGAAGGCAAGGUUAAAAUCGUGGGUGAUGAGUUUGUGGUGCAAAGUCUGAUUCUCGGAGACUUGAUGUUGUAGACAUGGUCACUUUGAGCGCGGCGUUCAAGGGGCAUGGGAGGUAUGGGAAGAGGAAAACACAAUUGGGGUAUUCGCCAUACAAUGGAUUUAGCUGAGAUGGAAUACACUUAUGAUCGCAGACAACAUUUUGUUCGCAGGAACACGAUAGAGGAUAUAUGAGACGCUCGUAUAUCACUGAAAAGACCGGUUUCUCUUGCCUCCAUUAUUGCAGGGGUAUAGGGUUCUCCCACCUCAUCCCCUACGACCCCGCAACGAAAUUGCUCUACCAUGAAGACCACAAAGAAAGUGGAGAUGAAGGGGUCUUCUAGUGCUUGUGCAGAUUCAUGCAACAAAGACCGAUCAAUGGACCAUCACAAGCCUGUCGAAAACUUCAUAAACUCAUUGUUCGUCUGACUCUCUUUGUGCUUAUAACUCAGCGGCAUACAAAAGAAAUACAACAGCCCCCUCGC